GUAGGUAGUUUACUUUAUAGCAUGGUAAAGUUGAGUUAUUAGCCAGCUAUGUUUCAUAAGGGGAUAUGUAGAACGGCUGUGGCUGUAAUACAACGUUAAUAUUUAGUCUAUGCGAUGGAGUCUAAAGCAGUUGUCAAUGCCAUACCGCCGUAUGGAUAUAUAAUUGCUAACGAAAAGUGGAGAGGCUCUGUGCUGGUACAAGGCUUCAAAGGAAACGUUAAGAUCAUUUUCGAGGAACUUCUCGGCGUUGUUGAUUUUCAUCUUUCAGACAAGAGCUGUAUCCUGUAUGUAUCAGAGAGCGAUAUAGUGGCUGGCAACACAUACAAAAGGAAGAUUGUUCGCUUCCGAAAUGCUAAUAGCAGUCUUCAGGGGAUUAUUGUAGUAGAGAAGACACGUCUCAGUGAACAAUACUUCAGCGCCUUACAGAAGUUUGUGGUGCUGGAGUUGGGACUGAACCUGCUGCCUGUCUUAAACCCAGUAGAGGCCUCGCAGCUUAUCUCUCAGUUGGUCCACGGGGAAAACAAGGAGAACCCUUUCCGCAGGAAGAGCAUCUCCAGGCUGCUGGAUCCUGUGGUGUUGGCUCUGGUCCAGCAGAUCCCUGGAGUGGGAAAGGUGAAGGCUCUGGCCCUUCUGCAGCGAUACUCCUCCAUCCACCAACUCAGCCAAGCCUCGACCAGUGACCUUGAGCCCACAGUCGGGCAGGCCACAGCUCAACACAUUUGGGGAUUCUUCCACAAACCACUGGUCUGACAUAUAGUCAACUUGAGGUUAAAGACGUGCGAUGUGCAGGGCGUCGCUAAAUAUCUAUAGAUUCAUUGUGGUUAGCUCACUGAAGACCUUAAACUAAGUCUUUAACUCACUUAAGACCUUUAGUGUCCUUGGAAGCUAUUGCCUAUGUCUAUGGAUCAGGCUUUGAGCCUUUAAUUAUUUAUUACUGAAGUCUAUGUUGAGAUGCAGUUUGAGAAAUUAAUGUUUAAAGUCCUGAAUAUUAAACCACUCCAGUAUGUGCAACAUGGCCUAGUAUGAAUCUAUUAAUCAAUCAUACAUUUAUGUUUAAUCUGUGAGGACAAAAGGAAUCCAUUAUUUUGAUAUGG